AUGCAUAAAGCUGCAUCUGAUUCGAAAAUUAAAAAGACACUGGUUAGAAAUUGUGAGCUAAAAGUUAGGCCGUCGACGCGGAGGCAAGUUGUGCACGAUGUAGCCUCCUCAAUACCUUCUCAAUCACAUAAGUCGUCGCGUUCUCAGAAAGAAAAUGAGUUAAGUGCACCGACGUUAUGUUCCAGCGAAUCGAUAAAUAAUUAUAUAGCUGAACUAAAGAAACUGAGUCCACCUCCACUCUCGUCAGAGGAUUUAAAUGUAGAUAAGGGACAACUAUGCACUAAAAUGACAAAAAAGCUAAACUUCCAGUUUAAUGACAAAAUAUACAAGAACCUCAUCGAGUUGAAUGCAAGCGUAAAUGAUUUAAAAAGUAAAAAAACUAGAAAGCCCACCACUAAUACUUUGAGAAAGGAUCUAGAGCCACACAUAGAGGAUUUUUAUGAAGAUGAAAAAGAAAUAGACUCGGCACCAAGCAUUCCAAUUUUAAAACCCAAGUUUAGACCAAUUAAAAAGGUUGAUGAUGGCCGCCUACACAAAUUAGUUGCAGCAUUCGAAGAUUUAUGA